UAGAUACUAGAGCUGCAUGUCAAGUGCGAUGCAAAACUACAGAAGUGAGCAUUUUGUACUCUCUCAAUGCCCGACAUUUUAAGGUUAUAAGCGGGUCAUUCAAGAUGGCUUCCGAUCACGUUUUUAAAGUCCUCUUCCUCGUUCAGUCUGCGGCCUUCACACUCUUCAUCAUCCAUUACUCUCAAAUGACCACGGUUGUGCUUAAACCUGUCGGAAAGUUGAACGAUGAAAAACACUGUCAUUGCAAACCAACUGGUACAAGAGAAGUAUUUAACACAUCGGCUUAUGUUCACCAGAAUGGGGAACUGCUAAUGCCGAUCCGCGGACAACUAUCCAAUUGCACAUUGGCUGACAUCAAGAAGAGACCCGGCGUGGUUAUGCUGACUACGGCAAAUCUCGCCUUCGUGGAUAUCGCGCUGAACAUGCUGGAGAGCGUCAAGAGGAUUGGAGUUUGCGUCAACACCACGGUCAUCGCAGAGGAUCAGAAGGCUUACGAUCUGUUGCUCAAGUAUGCCAAGGGUGACCCUGCAAUUUAUGUUCAGAAAACCAACUCGGGGGAAAUGGAUGAAAUAGAGCCCUCUCGUCGUCUUGGCAGUCACUACUACGGGAUUAUGAACAAACGCCAGGCCUACAUUUUGACUUUAUUAGAGCAAGGCCUGGAGGUUCUGUUUUCCGACUCGGACACGUUUUGGUUUCGGGACCCCUUUCCAUACUUUCAGGGAGACUUUGACAUAAGUAUCAGAAGCUUCUCUAAAACAAGGAUAAUUAGCAAAACGCAUUUCUGCUCUGGCUUCAUUUACCUGAAACCGACCAAUGCGACCAUCCAGUUCGUAAGGACGUGGGUCGAACUUUUGGAUAACAACAAGAAAAAAGGAAAAUUCCCGACUGAUCAAAGUGUAAUGAACGGACUGUUAACGGCUGAUAAACCCGUACAUGUGAAUAUCACGAUACUAGACGAGGACCUGUUUCCAUGGGGAUCAACAUUUUUCGACCCAUCGUGGCAAAAGCAGAACCACUCCACAGUAGUCAUGCAUGCCGCUAAUAUACCCGGUCACCCAGCGAAACUGAGUAAAUUCAAGGAAUUUGGCAUGUGGCUUGUCAAUGUCACCACUUCAUCAAACCGAUAAGUGAAAUCCAAAGUGAAUCUGACUGGCUUAAACUGUCGAUCUAUUUCGGAACUGGAACGGUUUUGAUGAGCGACUUCGAGUUCUUGUAAAAUUGUGAGGGACCAGUUGAGUGAGGUAUUGGAACGGGGAGGGGCAUCAUCUGAGUCUGUUGGCUUUGUUCAUGAUGUACACUGUAAACACGUUGGGCAAAGUGGGUUGAUAUGUAGACCAACGUUGGUCAACUUAUCAACAGGUUAAACUCUAGGGCGAAUUUUUCCCAAUUGUUGGAAAAUGUUUACCCAAAUUUAGUAAUUUCAAACCAAUGUUGGGUAAAAUUAUAUUGCCCAACAGUGUUUUACCCAUUAUUUUUUACAGUGUAUAACUUGUACGUGAACAUGGAUCGGACUUAAUAACCCGCAAUUUACGUCAUUUCCAGUAUUGUAGUUGAGACAGGAAGAAGACCAAACACAAUAUCAUUUUGGAGCAAGCAUUCGACCAUUGACAAGACCAGCCACGAGUAACGGGGCACAAACAAUGACAAAGGAAUGCAUUUGUUGCAGUCCCUUGACUGGCGACAGAAACACAGGAAGUGAACCUGAAUUUAUUGAGAGUGUUUCAUUUCGUGUCAAUAGUCAGUUUGCUGUUACAAAUUUCGCAGUUAUUAGACACGAGGAUUGUAGGCCUCGGUGUUCCCAUGCAAAGACCCGUUCGCUAACAAAAUUCGAACAUGCGAAAGCGUGCGGUACAUGCAAGCUAUGCAUUAAGAAUGCAUGGAAAUAAGUACCUACCAGAUCAGUUCUUGCCGCGUGUUUUAACUUUUAAUUCUCGGUGAUAACGGAAGGUUUUCUAAGUGCAUGGAUGCAUUUACCUAUAGAGAACUUUGUAAAAUCGAACAUAGACAACAUGCUUAGUUGCUACGACGUGAUCAUAUUUUCCUGGAGAGUUAAGUCACACGGUUUUUGCCUUUAUCACAAAAUAGUCUGCUUCGUGACUCAUUUGCACAGGCUUUCAGUUUUGUCAAUAUGAUGUCAGUUCUUCUUACUGGUAGUCCUGGGUUCCUUUAAAUGUUUGAUAGAACUCAUUGUUUUUAAUAUAACUCAAUUACGGAGGAUGCCAGUUUAGUGGUGUUUACAUUUCGCAAAGUAACUUGUUAAUUAAGAAUUUUAGAGGUUAUAGGAAGAGUAGGGGUCAGAAGCAGAACGAUAGUUGCUUUAUAUAUGAUCAGUAGAUCUAAUUUCGUUAUUCAGUGUGAACAUACUUCAAAGAAAUAAUACAUUACAAUUUCAUUCCUAUUGGUCAAGAGCUCGUCAUGUGGUUGUUUUAACUCACCUUUUAAACACCGCCGAAAACAGUUUAUAACUGGCCAGUAACAAACGCCGCCAAGGAGUCAGGACAAUUCAAAAUAUCUGCUUUCGUCUGUUUUUAAUUUGUAACGUGUCCCAAUACCACAGUAAAAUAAGGCAAACAGUGAGGAAAAACACUCUAAAUUUUCUUAAAAUGAACGCCUUAGAUUCCUCUCGAAGUUACAAAGGCGAUAUUGCUUGCCGCACAUGCUAGUAUAUAUACAUAGGGCCAAUGACUAUAAAGCUUUUGCCUAUUUUGGGUACCGUCACAGACUUUCCAAAAUGAAACCUACAACUUAUGUACAUGCACUGUGUAUUCACAAUAUAUUUGAAAAUAAACAACGAAACCUGAAUAUCGUCUACCUGAUACGAGUAGCUUUUGUCAGGGUAAUCUGCCUUUGAAUACCGUGGUGACUUAACUCAAUUUGACGUUUUUUUGGUGGUAAUCGGUACAAAACCCAUCUAUGAUGAUAUCACAAAGCUUAAGGAAUGUUACAAACAUUUUUUAAAAACAUACAUUAUCCGACAGUACCAAAGUCGUACAUAUACGAGGUAUAUUUGUUAGCUCGAAAUUGCCAACUUC